AUGUUAUCAACCGAAGCAUCCCAAUUUGUAACGAUACGAGGGAUUCUCAGCAGGCUUCGCCAAAAAUUCAAGAUCGAGUGCAAUGAGCAACAGCCCACACUACAUCCGAUAAGAACACAUGGAAGUCGACUGCCAACAAUUAAAUUACCCAAGUUCAGUGGAAAGCAAGAAGACUGGGACGCAUUCAGUGACCUCUUCGAGGCACUUGUUUUGAAAAGCAAAGAAAUUAGUGAAGUGGAAAAGCUGCACUACCUAUUUACCUCAGUCGACGACUCGUAUGGCUCUGACGAAUUUGGGCAGGAUUCACCAAGAUAUACGUCACCGAAAGCAGCUUCACUUUAUGCAGAUCCUUACUAUAUCGAUGGUAAUUCUGCAGGAACGGGCCCUGGAGAUCCAUGGUCUGGUGGAGGUACUAGUGUGCAGCCACCAUACAGUGGAUAUGUACCACCUCACUUAGCGCAACCAGCUUAUCCUAUGCACAUAUCGCACGAUCCAAUGGCGUACUCGUCUAUGUCGCCAAAUGGCGAGGGUCAAGCUCAGCCGAUCCUUAGUUCAGCAGUAACAUCGGCAGCGUCUUUGCCACCUAUGUCAUCGUUUCGUGGCAGUGUUACUGUUCCAAGUAAUCAAGUCCAGGCUACUCCUUCACCGGCUUCACUUCAAUACAGUCACAGCUCCAGCACAACCGUACCCGUACCUGUGACUGUAUCUGUUGUUGCCACUCAACCAAACCAGGUGUUGACACCCCAGGCUAACUCCCAGCAACAACAGUCAUCGACUGGUCAAGAUACUCUCGGCAAAACUCUUGCAUCUGUAGUAAGCAGCCGAAUUUAUCCGACGGACCAAUCGGUUUCAAGUUAUAGCAGUAACCCGUCAACACCAGUGAGUUCGCCACCACCGCUAACCGGGUCGACGCCGGGUUGGGCUCCCAGCACUGGGCCUGUUUCUCCGCACUUAACAGCAGACUCGAAUCGCGGUGCUAUUCACUUGGGAACACGAAUGGAAGAACCAUAUCAUAUGGAUGAUGCUAUAAAUGUUUUAAGGAAUAUAGCAGAAAGUCAAUCUGGACUUCAUUUAGGACCUGUAGGUGCGCAUGGUGCAAUUUAUUCUCAUACUUCGCCAUCUCAAAUGGACCAUUUGACAAGCUCACACCCAACAGUGACUGUGUCACAGUCACAAAAUUCAUACUCGGGUUUGACUCCAACACCCGACACUGAUGGUUCUAUAAAAAUCGAGAGGCUACCCGUUGCAAAUACAAAAUACAUCUCUAUAGAAAAAAGGAAAGACCCACCAGAUAGUAGUGGAGGUGAAACAAAACCCUCUAGCAGUGAGUUAGUUGUAGCUGCGGGAGUUAUUGGAGCAGCUCAAGUGAAUUCAACGUCGCAAGGGAAAGGCACAAAACGCUCGCGUCGAUAUUGUUCGAGCGCUGACGAAGACUGUGACGACCCUGGCACUAAAGCAGUGCGUGAAAAAGAACGUCGACAAGCCAACAACGUUCGCGAAAGUUCGAGCGCCGAGGAUGAAGACGACGAUCCUGACAUAAAGGCACAACGAGAAAAGGAGAGGCGUCAGGCUAACAAUGCUAGGGAAAGGAUACGUAUUCGAGACAUCAAUGAAGCCUUGAAAGAGCUUGGCAGAAUGUGCAUGGCACACAUGAAGUCUGAAAAGCCGCAAACUAAACUUGGAAUUCUUAAUAUGGCCGUUGAAGUUAUAAUGGCAUUAGAACAACAAGUUAGAGAAAGAAAUCUAAAUCCAAAGGCAGCAUGCUUGAAAAGAAGAGAAGAAGAGAAAGCAGAGGAUGGUCCUAAGCUUCCUGGGCAUCUUGCAGCGCAUAUAGCUCACUCACAUCCACAUCCACAUUCACAUGCACAUACGCAACCGCCUUUUUCAGCAAUGCCUGGUCCUCCGCCAACUAAUCAACACACCGCACAGCCACCGCAGUAGCAAAGGUUGUGUACCGGCAUAAUGAUGUAGGUCUCCAUAAUACCGAUUUACUUUCUGGCCUUCUUUCAGCUGCUCGGCAAUGUAUUUUAUGUGUUCUCUUUUGUCAUCUGUGAAAGAGUAGGAGCGCGAUAAUUUAUCCACAUUUGCGAAUUAUCUUUCACUUGCGACAUUGAUAAGAACAACACCGUUAUACGGCGAAAGGAUGCUCGAGGGAAAAUAAAAACUUAUUGUAAAGUACUCUUUAAAAUAAAGCGAGUGUACGAGUGUCUGACCUCGGAUUAGCUGUAUUUUUUUAAAGGAUUACAAAGGGCGGAUUUGAUAUUCAAGGUUUCGCAAAGCGAUUCAACAGCGCCGCCAUGUAAUAAGGAAAAUUUGGGAUUGUUCAUAAAUUCAAAAAACAGUUGGUCUCAUUCUCUGCGGUAGAAUGUGAAUAUACUCAUGUAUUACGCACUCUUUCUGCUAAAGAAAUGUUGAGCUUACUAAUUUCGUGGUCACGUGUAGACUAUUUACGCAGUAUCUUUGUAUUUACCAUAUUUUAUAUAUUUUUAUGCGUUAAUACAUCAAACAAUGUUCAGAAUACUUAUAUCUAAAUA